AUGACACCGAUGUAUCACUUCAAUUACGAAAGCUGUUGUGAAGCCUGCACCAUUCAGCCAACGAGCGUACAUGCAUUGUUCUUCGAAGACGGUCCCUCGGACAAAUGGUGUAGCAAUUAUCUAGAUACAGCCCCUACCACUUUUCAUGAGGAUGGCAUAGGCUUCCCUACUGCCUCUGUUAUUACUAGAGCUGCUCCAAAAGCCAGUGACCCGACCAUCACAUCAAGUUAUCGGACUGCAAGCAACGCCGCGUAUCCAGCCACAACAUCUGGCCCGACCUUACUAAAUCGUGAAGUAGAUAAUUUCGCCAUUCAUGUGUCAUCAACUAGUGAGUCGAAAAAGCAAGAGGGGUCGAUGAGCCUCACAAUUUCCCUUGACUUGUCAUCUAUCUACUUAGCUUUCGACGUGGUACAAGCAAGAGACAAAUGUGGCAAAACAGGUCCCAAAUACACAUCAUUGACUGUUGCUUAUGACAAAGAUGAGCUAUCAACUGUCUACAUUUUGUCAGAGACACUACCCUACAGAUUUAACGAUGUUCCCUGUCCGCCAGCUACAGUGGGAGGCCACCCACUUUCACAGGCGGUCAGAAAUGUGUAUGGUGGAAUUGAUAUUUCUAAAGUUUAUGUCAACGUUUAUAAGCCAGGUGUUGUCGGCUACGAGGAUCGGUUGAAAAGGUUGCUUGAUCCUUCUCUUGCAAAUUGUACUUUUCUCAUUAUCUCGGAUCCUCCGAAGAGACUCCUCCAGGCGAACGCUCUGGCUCCCACAUCUGGUGAUCCCUAUGUAUCUGAUGAUCCCAAUGUAGUCGAUCCGAGCUCAUACGAAUCGACUCCCUUAGUCCUAAAUCCAGCAUCUCUUGAGGAGUCUCAAGAUGCUGGUCGAGUCCUGAGACAUCCCAAAGAUUCGCUAAGCCCACCAAACGACGAGAAGAUUACUCAGAACAGCAAAGGGUCAAACACAGACCCAUCCCAUGACAAAAAUAGUAGUGUUCGAAACGAGGCUGGCUCGCCAUUGCAAGGACCAGGGACCAUUUCCAAAGGCCACGGCGAAGAGCCAAAUGACAGACGGGUUCUGACCGCAGCCCAGGGUCCAGUCCCUCUCCAAAAUCGGCCCCCGCAAGAUGCUGCGUCAAGAGGCCUUACAGAAGGAAACCCUGAAAACCCCAAGGAAAAUGAACCUACUGAUGACAGUGAAAGCGGUGAGUCACCACAAAAUGGCGCCCCAUUAGUGACAGAUGGGCUCGUAUACACGCCCAUUGGCGUCUUUCCAACACCUCCAGAAAACACGGUAAAUGCCCAAAACGGCGGAAAAGAUGCAGCAAAACACGACAAACCACGGUUUCGGGACUCAUCCAUUCCCACUGACCAUACAAACGAACAAAACGUGGAUAUCACUCGGCAACAAAGUCCAGCUAUCAGACCUCAAGAUCCAAAAGCACAAGAAUCGAACGACGUACUUGACCGAGUACGAAGCAACGAAGCCACAAUCAACAAUCAACCCAGCCUAUUACCCAACCAACCCAUCUCCUAUCCCAACAUUCUACCAUCACAAGCAUCCAGAACCCUCGUGGUCGGCUCCACAACCUACCAAUACGCCUACCCCUUGUCCCUUUCGCAAACCCUCUCCGUCGAAAGUACAGCCUAUCAAGGCACCACACCAACACUACUCAGCAGUGCUAUAAACGCCUUUCCCCCUCUCCCUCCUUCCUACUACUCGUCCUCGUUGCCGUCUCUACAAAAAACCUCACUAGCAGAAAAUAAGGAGAAUACAAACGCAAUAUCUGCGGACCGAAUGGAGCAGAGCAAUGGUACGCAAGCGUACCGCCACGAUCCGCAAUGUGCUGUUUCCGGGAGUGCGAGUGCUUCGAUUUUGGGGCAUGAGAGUUGCGGCGGAAAGCAGUUGAUGGGGAGAAUCAGCAUAUGGGCGCUGGCAGGCUCUCUGUCUAUCUAUCUCCAAGUAUUUCGCUGA